UUCUUACAAAGAGCUCAGAGUAGGAGGACAGCCGGAAUGAGCAGAUAGGGGGUCUGGCUACAUCAGGGACUAACAGAACAGCACAAACAAGCACAAUCAGUACCUCUGUAAGGCUGUGAAGGGUCGAGACAAUGUCUCUACCGGUUUUUCAUCUUUCUGUUUUACUUUUCCAGUUCAUAGUUGGAUAUAACAUUGUUAUAGCUGCUCCCUCUCCCAUCAUAAAGUUUCCUGGGGAUAGCUCACCUCAAACUGACAAAGAACUAGCUGUGCAAUACUUAAACAAAUUCUAUGGCUGUCCAGAGGAGAAGUGUAACUUGUUUGUACUGAAAGACACCUUAAAGAAAAUGCAGAAAUUCUUUGGCCUCUCAGAGACGGGUGAAUUGGAUCAGAACACAAUUGAAACCAUGAAGAAGCCAAGAUGUGGAAACCCAGAUGUAGCCAACUACAACUUCUUCCCUAGGAAACCCAAAUGGGAUAAGAACCAGCUCACAUAUAGGAUUCUUGGCUACACAACCGAUCUCGACUCUGAAACCGUGGACGAUGCAUUUGCUCGGGCCUUUAAAGUCUGGAGCGAUGUGACACCACUGGAAUUUACUAGACUUAAUGAUGGAGAAGCAGAUAUAAUGAUUAAUUUUGGGCGCUGGGAGCAUGGAGACGGAUAUCCAUUUGAUGGGAAAGAUGGGCUUCUGGCCCACGCCUUUGCUCCUGGGUCUGGAGUUGGAGGGGAUUCCCAUUUUGAUGAUGAUGAGUUGUGGACUCUAGGAGAUGGCGCAGUUGUGAAGGUGAAGUAUGGCAACGCAGAUGGGGAGUACUGUAAAUUUCCUUUCCUCUUUAAUGAUAAAGAAUACAACGCCUGUACAGAUGCUGGGCGCAGCGAUGGAUUUCUCUGGUGCUCCACUAGUUAUAAUUUUGAUGCUGAUGGGAAGUACGGAUUUUGUCCGCAUGAGCUGCUUUUUACUCUGGCUGGGAAUGCUGAUGGGAAACCCUGUAAAUUCCCUUUCAAGUUCCAAGGUACCAGCUAUGACAGCUGCACGACAGAGGGCCGCACCGAUGGUUACAGGUGGUGUGCGACCACAGAUGACUAUGACACAGACAAGACUUAUGGCUUCUGUCCUGAAACAGCACUCUCCACUGUUGGUGGUAAUUCAGAUGGUUCCCCUUGUGUCUUUCCUUUCACAUUCUUGGGCAACAAGUAUGACUCUUGUACAAGCUCCGGACGUAGUGACGGCAAAAUGUGGUGCGCUACUACCAGCAACUAUGAUGAUGACCGCAAGUGGGGAUUCUGCCCUGAUCAAGGUUAUAGUCUGUUCCUGGUUGCUGCUCACGAAUUUGGCCAUGCUCUGGGACUGGAGCAUUCUGAUGACCCAGGAGCAUUAAUGGCUCCAAUCUAUACCUACACUAAGAACUUCAGACUACCCCAGGAUGAUGUCAAUGGAAUCCAGGAGCUUUACGGGAAAUCAUCAAAGGAUAAACCAAGUCCUGGACCUGAACCCACACUAGGCCCUGUAACCCCUGAGCUAUGCACUAAGGAUAUUGUAUUUGAUGCAGUGGCCCAAAUAAGAGGAGAAAUAUUUUUCUUUAAAGACAGAUUUAUAUGGAGAACAGUGAAUCCCAGAAGCAGACCAAGUGGUCCUCUACUUGUGGGCACCUUCUGGCCCGAGGUACCAGAGAAGGUAGAUGCUGUUUAUGAAGCACCACAAGAGGAGAAGACAGUGAUUUUUGCAGGUAAUGAGUAUUGGGUAUACUCAGCAAGCACAUUAGAGAGAGGGUACCCCAAAAGACUUACCAGCCUAGGACUUCCUCCUGAUGUACAACGCAUUGAUGCUGCAUUUAACUGGAACAAGAACAAAAAAACAUACUUCUUUGCUGGAGACAAGUUCUGGAGAUAUAAUGAAGUAAAGAAGAAAAUGGAUACAGGUUUCCCCAAAUUAAUUGCAGAUUCUUGGAACGGAGUCCCAGACACCUUAGAUGCAGUGCUAGAUCACAAUGGAAGUGGUUACAGUUAUUUCUUCAAAGAUUGGUACUAUCUUAAGUUGGAAGACCAGAGUCUGAAGAUUGUCAGAGUUGGCAACGUGAAAAAUGAUUGGCUGGGUUGCUGAGGUGUAAAGAUUGUAAAAGUAACCACAUAUUUGCUUUUGUUCUUCAUCCUGUCUACUGUCAUUUGACACUUUUGUGUUGGUUAUUGCAUAUAGAGAUAUAUUAAUGGACCAGUCUGGUACUGGUAUCUUGAGAGCAUGCGCAAAAUCCCCCCCGGUAUCUUUUUAAGCAAGUUAUUUAAAGCCUUGUUUACCAUAGCAGAUGUGAUAGCCCUCAUUACAUCAAGGGCACUAUAAAGAAACAAAAUAAAUGAUUCCCUUAGCUUUACAAAAUUUAAAUUAUGUCCUACAUUGGUUUUAGACUUUGAGCACCCAGUCAAAUUAUUGCUCUUUGUGUCCUUAAAAUAUAUUAUAGCAAGGAUCAGAGCAAGAAAAAUAAAGUAUCAGACAACAGCAAUAGUAAUAUGAGUAUCUGCUGUCAUCUACAAACCCCACGCACAGUGGCACAGGCUGCCCACAAACUUGUGAUGGUAGUGGAACUCAUAGGAAAAUCAUUAUUAUUUUUUAUUUGUAAACUAUUUUCAUUUUGAGAGCAGUUCUGUGUACAUUUAAAUCUGUUAUGUUGCCUUCCACUGUCAGAUUCAGGGUUUCUGGGCACAUAACUUUUUUUAAGUGUGUAACCACUUUUGAAUUUUUUAUUCUGUUUGUAUGGUUUAUUUUUCAGUGUGCAAUUAAAAUGAAUACAUUCAUUUGUGUAAAAUCAAUAAAUAAACCAAACUACAAAAAAAUUAUUGUGUACGACA